AUGAUUCGCCACGCCCAAGAGCACCCCUAUGUUCAUCACGCCUUGUUGACUUUCUCGGCGCUCCACAUGGCCUCGCUGACGGCAAAUGCGGAGCAAUACCAAAACCCUCCACCACACCUCGUCAUUGCUCUCUCACAAAAGGCAUUGGCCAUCGAGAGAUUCCGACCUGUGGUUGAGUCGGUGACAGCCGAGACUUGCGAGCCCGCGCUGGCCGCUUCGGGUUUGCUCACAGCCUGUGCCUUCGCGUUGCCACUUGCUGGGGCUCCUUUUGACGUUGUCGAUCAGCUUGCUCAGAUUACUUCGUUGUUUCAGGGGACGACAACGUUGUUCAGGAUGGGUUGGCGCAAGCCUAGACCGCUCGUUAGUGACGCCGCACCAAAGGUAAGACCGUCGGUGCUGCUGUCCGCGGUAAACGAGAAAUCUUGGCCACAAGCCGAGCAUGCUGUUGAUCAAGUUCUGCGUGUCAUUAUGACGAUAGACGAGAGACAUCAGUCCACGAGAGGGAGAAAGGACGUACUGGUUGAUGCAGCGCUCAAACUCAAGAUAGCGUUCCGGAGGGUCGCCGCAGCAAGGGGCGCGUAUGCAGUUGCGGCUAUGUGGCUCGGCAUGGUGUCAUCUGCGUUCGUCGACAGAGUUCGGGAGCGAGACUCCUUGGCCCUCGUGUUGAUGGCUGACUGGUCUGUGUCACUCAAAGACGUGCAGCAUGUGUGGUGGAGUCGAGGCUGGGCUGAACGAACUGUCAACGCCGUCUCCAGGGAAUUGGGAGAGCAUGAACUCUAUCUGCUUAAUUGGGCUCUGGUAGCGGUAAACGAGAAUUGUAACCAGCCUCACGAGCUGCAGCCUGUGAAGUAUGAGAACUAUACGAUACAUAAUCCUCCGACAAAAAAAGGGAAGACGACAUAG